CUUACCACUUACAGACUGCGACAACAAAUUUUUGAGCACCGAGCGGCACAAUCUUGGCAAUCUCCCAACACAAAGCAUAGGCCAAUUCGAAUAUUGGAUCAACGCUCCCAUAGGAAACACCAACACGUUGAUAAAAACGCUGUCCAAUCUGCACCAUGGAUUUCGCGGCGCUUAUGAACAAAGAGCUCUCAAAGAGCAAGAAGAGCUCCGGCAGCGAGGAAAAGAAAUACUUGAAACGCUCAGAAAUCGAAGCGCAAAGAAAAGAAGCAUACCUUGCUGAACAAAAAGCCCUCGAGGCCGAGCGCGAAGCCAAAGCAGCCGCCAAGCGCAAACGAGAGGAAGAUGCCGCCGCCGAGAACGCUGCCCGCGAGGAGAAGCGUCGCAAACUCGCCGAGGAUAUGCGCAAAAGGCGCGAAGAGCAAGAAGCUGAAGAGGAACGCGCCCGAAGGAAGCGACUUGGUUUGCCAGAGCUGGUCAAGGAGAAGAGCGAAGACGCUGAGGAUGGUGUCCAUGCUAGCGAGGAUAUACCGGAGGAGGAGCUCGUUGAAAAGUUGAGGGGGCUGGGUGAACCGGCUGUUUUGUUCGGAGAGAAUCACUCUGCGAAAUUGAGGCGAUAUCGCAAGUUGACGACAGUCAUGACCAAGGGCCCUAUACCGACAACGUUAGAACUCGUGGAUGAGAAGGAUAUGAAGGUGACCACUGAGCUACCGAAAGACAAGGAUGGCAGGAAGUGGCUAUUUCGACAACUCGCAAGCUAUUUUACGAUGGUUCUUACAGAGUACGAGCGAGCUAUGGAGGCUGAGAAGCGGGAUACGAGUGCCAGCAAAACAGCAUAUAAUGCUAUGGUACAGACUCGAGAGAACAUGAAACCACUAUUCCGCAAGUUUGAGCAAGGCGAACUCGACGACGACAUUCUUAAGCCUGUUACGGAAAUCGUUCAAGCUCUCCAGGAGCGUCGUUACGUGGACGCCAAUGACGGAUAUCUACGACUGAGUAUCGGCAAGGCAGCGUGGCCCAUCGGUGUUACCAUGGUAGGCAUCCACGAGCGUAGCGCUCGCGAGAAGCUACACGAUGGAGAGAAGGGCCAUGUAAUGGGAGAUGAGGUUACGCGCAAAUAUCUUCAGAGCAUCAAACGCUGCCUGACUUUUGCGCAAGUUCGAUGGCCGCCCACAGACUUGCGACAGUUGAUGGGCUGAAGAAUAGUAUGUAGCUGGAGGCAAGGGCUCGAACUUAAUAAUGAUACCCCCCCUUGAACAAAAAUCAUUGAAAAAUAUGC